AUGGCGCUGAGAGGAGUGCAGUUGGGCCUGCGAGCCUGGGAGUUCCUAUGGUCUCUCCUCAUCAUGGCCCUCAUCGGUAACAUGAUCGCCGAUGCGUUCGCGGGCAACCCCGCCACGGUGAACUACUCGAUCUUCGUAUCGGUAUUCUCUAUGUUCUCCUUGUUCUAUCUGAUCCCGGCUUCGUUUAACCCCGACUGGGCACUCCACCCGAUCAUCAUGAUCGUCGUUGACGCGCUGAACUGCGUCUUCUUCUUCUGCGCGGCUAUUGCUCUAGCUGCCAAGCUCGAGUGCCACUCUUGCAAUAACCAAGACUACCUGCUGAGCAACGAGAUCACCAACGGUGCUCACAACAUGACCAAGCGCUGCCGCGAGGCCCAGGCCUCGGUUGCUUUCCUCUGGUUCGGCUGGGCUGGCUACAUGGCCUCGGUCGUCGUCUCGGUCUUCAUGUCUCGUGCUUCGACUGUCAACUUGCGCAGCCGGACUGGUAGCCGUCGUGGUGGUGCUGGACCUAGCAUGGCCCAGGUCUAA